UUAAUCAAUCCCAAUGAAAGUUUGCAGUCACAAUUUGGUUCCAUCUUAUAAUUUGAGAUAUGAUUGAUAUAUUAAUUAUCCUGACGUUUCUUUGAAGAUGAAGUUAGCUGUGGUCAAAUCAUUAAAUCAAACUUAUUGUGUAAUUAACUGUUAAUUAAUUAAAAACCAAAUUAAAAUUGGUCAGAUAUUCCUUUAUAACCCCUCAAUUAGUCCUUAAUUUGAUGUUUGCUAUUUAACAAUGUAUCUUAUAAUUAAUGAACUAAUUACAUUUGAUGUUUCUUUGAUGCUUAUAAUAUCAAAAGAAUAAUUGAUCAAUAAAAUUUAAGAUGUGUUCAAAUCAUUAAAACAAUUAAGUGGUAAUUAAAGAACAAACUGAUGAUUACUGUAAAACAAUAGGAAGAUAUCCCCUAUAAAUAUGUACAGUUACCUUUCCCAAGCUAUCACAUUGUCACUAUAAGCUGUGGCUAAAGAAUACCAAGCUUUCAUAUUAUCUCCAAUACAUUAAUAAUAAAAUAAUAAAAUAAUAAAAGAACUUAUCAUGGAUGUCAUCUCAGAAGCCUUAUCUCUACGACAACAGUUGGUUGCCCUUGACAACAGUAAUUCAACCAUUUCACUCUUAGACGGUCAGUUGGAGUUCCUGGGAGGACAGUCUCUGUUGUCAGCUAUAGAAGAGAACCAGUCUCACCAUUUACGUCUGCUGCUACGUGUAUCAGUAACUGAAGGUGUCCGCCACAUUUACCAACAGUAUUCCAACACUAAAUGGGCUCAAGUAAGUUCACUGCUUUUGUCAUUUCAUAAAUUUAUGAGCUAGGUUUUCCAACUGAUUUACAAAAUCUUAAUUAGCAUAACGGUAAACGUAAGUUGAAAAUCCAUUCAAAUGAAUUUAUAUUGAUACAAACAACAUAGUUUGUGACAUAGUACCAUAUGGAGUUAGUAUUAAGCAUGUAAGAUCAUGUUGUAAAAAAGCAAACAAUAACUGCAAGGGAAGAUCUGACACAUAUGUAAAAGAAAAUAAUUAUAAUAUACUUUAUACUGUUAUGUUUAAAAAGUUUCCUGCUUUAUCAUAAAUCAUUUUCCUAUUAAUAGAAACAAACAUUACUGGGAAUUAUACAUGAAUGCAUGUCAUUAUUCAUUCACUUGUCUCAUUUCAGGUCCAGCACACAGCUAGAUCAAUCAAGUCUACUCUGGAAGCAGACGGCAAUCAGCAGACGACACCAGUGAUGGCAUCAUCACCACAUACUGGAAGACCAAAUAUGGAUAAGGCAGUUGGAGAGUGGACCAGUGUUAUGUGUGAACUUUCUAGACAUGAGUGACUUUUAUACAUAAUAUUAUGUACUAUGCUAGUAUGAAAAUGCUUUUGUUAUAAUUGUUAAAUGGUUAAA